AAUUUACUAGAUCCAAAUCAAAGCUCGAUCUAGACACAGAGAAAACAUGGUGCUGAAAGUAUAUGCUGAUCGCCUCUCCCAACCAUCUCGUUCUGUCCUCCUCUUCUGCAAGAUAAUUGGGAUCGACUUUGAGGAAAUCCAAGUAGAGGUCUUGAAAAAUCAGCGAUUCUCCCCUGAAUAUAAGGCAAUAAAUCCCAUGUCUCAAGUUCCAGCAAUAGUUCAUGGACACUUUAAGCUGUUUGAGAGUCAUGCGAUUCUUAUCUACUUAUCUUGUUCGUUUCCUGGAGUUGCUAAUCAUUGGUAUCCUAGCGAUGUAUCCAAAAGAGCUAAGAUCCACUCUGUUUUAGACUGGCAUCAUUCCAAUUUACAUCGUGGUUCAGUUGGACUUAUUUUGAACACGAUCAUGGCACCAAAAGGGUUCCCUUCAAGCCCUCAAGCAGCCAAAGAAGCUGAGAAGAUACUCAUGAAAUCUUUGUAUAAAUUAGAAACUUUUUGGCUAAAAGAUGGAAGCUUUUUGGUUGGAAGCUCUCACCAUCGAUUGCAGAUAUCAGUUUAGUAUGUGAUAUCAUGCAACUUGAGCUUUUGAGUGAUAAGGAUUUUGAUCGGAUAUUAAGCCCUUACAAGAAAGUUCUUCGGUGGAUCCAAGAUACAAAGAAAGCAACGGGGCCUCAUUUUCAUGAAGUUCAUGGGCUUCUCUUUAAAGCCCAGAAAAGAAUUCGAGGGCAGAUGGCAACACAGACUUUUUCUGCAUUGAGUAAAAUUUGAUACAUAUGGGGAAUCAACGUCGCUAUAGGAGUAUAGGACUCGAAUGUGUGAUUAUUUGAGUAAUAUGUGAAAUUUUGGCAAAACAUUAAGGAAAGUGGCUAUUUUGGUCAUUUUCUAUUAUAAUAAGAGUCCUGUUGUAAAGGGA